AUGUCCACAAUCCUAUCGAUACUAAAGUCUUCCUUUUCGUUGAAUUUGCUGAGGUUUGUGUGGAAUGUACAAGAUGUGUGUAGCCCGGGCAUGUACCGCAUGUGUCACGAAGACGUUGUACUCAUCACCAAAGACAAAAUGAAGCUUCACUGCUUUCUCGUCGGUGGCAUCCCGGAGCUCGAAAGUGCGAAAGGGACUGUGAUAAUCUUUCAUGGGAACGCGAUGAACUACGGGGACAUGCUAGACCACGCAAAGGUAUUCUACGAUCAUAUGGUUGCCACUCUCUUAGUUGAAUAUCGAGGAUACGGACAUAACAAAGGCGUGCCGUCUGAGAAAGGUCUUUGCCUCGAUGCUCAGGCCGCCGUGGACUAUGUAACUUCUCACCCUAUUCUGUCAAAAUUGCCAAUCAUUAUAUAUGGUCAAUCUCUCGGUGGUGCCGUAGCUAUUGAAGCAGCAAGUAAAAAUCACGACAAGAUAUCCGCAUUGAUUAUAGAGAACACAUUCAUAUCCAUAGCAGAAUUCAUCAAUGGCUUUCCCAUUAUCCGACAUCUCUCCUGGAUGUGUACUCAGAAAUGGAAAUCUUCAGCCAAAUUGUCCCGUCUCCCAACCUCCUUGCCUAUCCUCAUGCUGAGUGGUCGAUUCGAUCGAGUUAUCGAUCCUUCGCACAUGGAUGAGCUGUGGAAGGUAGCCAUGACUAGAGGUCGUCCGGAAAGCAAAAAUGGCCAGCCAAAUGAAGAAUACCAGCCUCCUACCAAGGACAUGUUUCAAGAAUUUCCGUAUGGAAGACACACUAGUACAUAUUUGGAAGACAAUUACUGGGAAACUAUAAUUAAAUUCCUUGAAAACGUCUUAGAAAUUCAAAUACCGGAUGUAGAUGAAGAUGAAGAUGAAGACUAG